UUCAUUUCAUUAGACUAGUAUUUACAAAUUGUAAUCCUUCAGUUGAAAUGAAACGGCAAGAAUUUGUUUGUGUUAUUUUCUUCUUGGUACAAAUACAUUUGUUGCCGAUAUCUACAGAAGUGAUCCUUGGAACCUCCGAGUUCGCAAGACUUUUGGAGUCCGAUACUUUUGUAGACAAGACGCUCCUCAUACCAAGAGUGGUUGCUGAUGGUGUUACCGUAGCAACAGCUCCCCGGCUGUAUGGAAAGUCUGCCAUUUUGGACAUGCUCAAGACCUUUUUUGAAGUUCAAGUAGACCAGGAAGGGGUUCACAUGACGAGGCUAAAGGGCGGAGCAGUCACAGACACAAGCAACUACGAGCUCUUCAUAAAAAACAACUUGAAGAUCACAAGAAACACUGAAUUUAUGACCGAACACUUUGGCAAAUAUCCUGUACUGAGUUUAGAUUUCAAAUGUGACCGCCCGAUUAGGAGCUACAACGACGCUUUAAUGGUUUGCAAGCGCGUCGUUCAGAAUUGCUUCAAGCAGCACAGUUACCUUUUGAAAAGCAAGAAGUUGAAUCAAGAAGCGAAAGACUUCAUUCUGGACAGAAGUAGUUACAUCAAGGACGACAUUGAUGAGUACUACACAAACAUGGAUUUGCUAGUGUUGUCGGAGCACUUGAAAAAUCAUUUCUACGACAGAAGAGUCGUUGUGUUGAUAGACAACCACGACUCAAUUUUCCGAAGUGCGAUAGGAAAUGUGGCGGAUGAAGCUGAACUGGAGAAAAUAGUUCAUGUCAAUAUCGAACUGAUGGAAAACCUACUUUCAUGCAACGACCACAAUCUAGGGUACGCAUUUGUUACUGGGGUUUUCCCGAUACCACUGAUAGGUUACGUGACAUUCCACAGUUAUGAGAUUCGUAGAUUUCUUCAAAAUGAAACUUACACUGAGUUCUUCGGGUUUAGCGAGAACGAAGUUGAACAACUCAUGGGAAAUCCAGCACUCAAUGUUGAUUCAAAUAUGUUCAACCAAGUGCAAAGUACUUACAAUGGCUACAUCGGAGUGGACGGAAAACGAAUCUACAACUUUUACUCUGUACUGAAUUUCUUAAACACUGGAGCUAUUGGAAACUACUGGAUUGAUUCCAAAGAUGUUGAUAAGUUGAGAGAAAUUUGCAGUGUUCCCGCUUGCAAGGAGCUGGUCAAGAAACUUUUGCAAGGCCCUGUAACACUACAUGAUGAUAGAAACCUUUUUCCUCCUCCGAACAAGGAUCGUACAAGAAAACACUAUUUCUCUUUUGCAGAUAUUAAACUUUGGCAAAACAUGCUUUUGAGUCCUGACAGCGUAGAAGAUUGGUCUCAAGACGGAUUCUUUUACUACUAUUUGCUUGAGGAAGGUUUCCUUAUUCAGGACGUAGUAGUGGUGACAGAUCUGUGGUCCAAUGUAACUCUUCACAUUCCCAACACAGAGGUUACACACGCUUUCAACCAGUUACUGGCUUAGUCACAUCACUAAACAAAAACAACUAUCGACUCCUCACACAACCCAAACUCAAACAUACUACAAAUGCAAGUUAUAUAACGGCCAAUUUUAGUGAGGUUGAUAGAGUUGUAUGUUUAUUAGUAGGUUAUCUUGUCUAUCUUUGAAUGAUUAGAACUGCUUCAUUGUGCUGUUCUUUACUAAAAUCGUGUGUUUUCUUUAUAUUUGUUUUACAAUAACAGUUAAAACUUAUAUUCAAACGUAUGAUAAAUUGCAUGGUAAAGUCAUUGUUAGAUUAGUCUUUUAUUGUUUUUACUGCCUUUUGUAGAUUGUAAGAUUUGACACAAAUUUGUAUUAAACAUGUACUAAAUAUGUAAUCUAGUUUAGUCGGCGUUUUAAAAUUACUAUAUAAAAACGAUUGAAUAGUUACAUAAUAUGAUUACUGUUUGCUUAUAUAGCCUAGAACUACUAUUUACAAAGACAUUAAAAAAAUAAAAAUGGUAUUCAAAUAGCUGAUGUGGCAUCUGGUUAUCUAUAAUUACUGUAAGCUACAGUCAAGACUAAGGGAGGUG